AUGGAUGAUGCAACAGUCAAGAUUACAGGCCAAAUACUCGAGUUCUUCCUGAAUAUGCUGGGCGUGUGGCUGAGUUUCAAGUUCAUUCAGGCUUUGAACCAGACAAGUCUGUUCUUAACAAAUCAAAAGUACUAUGUUACUAGCAUUGUUUUGUCAGGGAUUGUUACUGCAAUUACACGGUAAGACAACUUUUUUUCUCCACCAUCUGACAGUCUUGUUAUUUGAUUCAUCAUUUUAGAACCCUUAUUUUAAUCGAAGAACAUUUGAUCGAGUUUCCAAGGCCAAUCAGCGUUGUAAUAGAGUAUGCUCAUAACCUGGCUGACAGUGUGGUCCUAAAUAUGGUUGUUCAACUCAUGAUCUUUGUUGAUUGCUUCUACUCCACCGUACAACCGUUCGACAUUGGUAAGAACAGAACGGUCUGCAUUUGUGUGUUAUUGGUAAGCCGAGCAGUAUUCAAAUCCAACAAUUAGGAUCUCUCUUUUUCAGUGGGUCCUAUCACUUACUCAUCAAAAGUUAAGCGAGUACGGAUUGCCGCCAGGACUGGUGUCCAUCGCCUUUAUGGGAUUCCUCAACCUUAUUUGUUGGUUGGCGGUCAUAGGAUUGAUUCUGAUUGGAAGAUUCAAAUACAAACAUCAAGCUGUUGGUGAGAUCAAGGAAAAGUACAGGGUAAGUGAUUCUCAGAUCGGACCGACUUCUGUGGUCUACAUUAAUAUGAGAGUCCCAUUUUAUUCUUUGUUUGGGUGCUAUUUUUGCAUUAAAAAAAUUGACAGCCGAUCCAGGCCAGAAAACAAAGCCGGCGGAGGUGAUAGUCCAAGCCCGCUUUUCCAUCUGCUUUAGCCCGGCCCAGGAGCCAAGUUUAGAUAGGCAACUUAAAUUUAUUUAUUUAUUACUGAACGUAACUUCAAUUGAUUUUAAAAUUAAUUUAACGAUCGGAUGACGCCUAAAAGAAGCGCGAUUCAGGAAGCGAAACAAUCACUUUCUGUAUGCUUCUUAUGUUAACUGCUUAGCAUUUAGAGACCCGAUUGUUUAGUCAUCAAACACAACCGUUUCAUGAUAUUGACAUGACACGUUGAAUUGUCAUUCCCCCUUCUUUGCCAAGGCAUAUAUGUACUCAUUUCAGAUAGUUGUUUUACUCCGGACUUUGACAGUUUUAAAGCCGCUGGCCAUCCUCAGCGCUCUUCGCAAUUUCAUCCUAGAUGGGAUCAUAUUGCUGUUGCUGUUGUAGGUCAUUUCUUUUCUAAUUUUUAUAUGCAUUUCUGUGUGUUCUCCUCUUACCACCCAUUUUAGAGAAGUCAUCCCCGGAAAUACAGUGGUUGGGUUUUGCUACGACUACACCGUCGCAUUCUACAGCAUUUUUUCUCCAAUUGUUAUGAUUAAAAGUCAUGACGAGCUAAAGAAAAUCUUUGGGUUCUGCAAACAAGUUGAGGACAAUACUUCGACGAAAGCCACAGUUACAAAUGAUGACAAGUUUGUCCCAAAAAAUGUGGUUGGUGAAUUCUUGAGGGUACCUAACGAUGGAGAUCAUCAUUUUAAACAAAUUGCUUCCAAUUGGAACACAAUGGCUGUGCAGAGAAAUAGCACUUUUCGAAAUGUCACUGUUAUAGACUUGUAAGAAUAAAUUUGCACAGUUCAAGAGAAAGCCGGUGCUCUUAUUUUUUAGUUGGUCCACAUACGGGUUGAUCAAAAAAUUUUGUAUUUUGAGAAUCAAGUUUGUAGUGUUUAGUCCUUUCAUUCGGUGUGCAAAACAAGUCUUGCAGAUGGGGCAAGACUUGUUUUUAAAAAAGUCUAACAGUGUCGACGAAAAAAUCAUAAUACAAAUUACAUUUCGGAAAUUUAAAGAACUGAUAGCUGACAAACAUUUUCGACAAGGGCAAAUAAAAAAGAAAUAAGAAUCAUACGGACGAUAACUUUACUGCGUUUCAAGGAUUUCGUAUUCAACAGACUAAUUUUGUUCCUCAAUUUUGGCGGAAACACGAACAAUUCGAACAACAUUUAGACGAACACAAAUGAAAGGCGCACAAAAGUAGGCAAAUUUGAUCAAGAUCUGGGCGUCGGAGAGACAAAUUUAAUAAAAUCUGGGCUCCUCAGUUUCUAAAACCUUCAAAAAUCCCGCCACAUUCUCCCUUAAUUUUUGGAAUAUUUGCCCAGCUGACAUUUUGUCGAACACGCCGCUGACGUCGCCAUUUACAAAUACAAUUCCUUUGUUCAUUUUUCGAAACCUUUUUUUGUAGAUUUACAUCUCCGUUCCAGUGCGAAAUUCUGGGUAUUCGAGGCCAAUGCUCUAGGUGGAAGCGAUCGAAAAAGGUAGCGUGAAUAACUUCAGAUUGUAAUAGACUUCAUUUUGAGCGUGUUGAAGUUGUCUCAUGAUUUUUUAAAGGCCUUUAGAGACCGGUGCAUUUUCCGAAGUAUAAAUUUAAGAAGGGCAAGGGAAUUCUAAUCUUUAGGCAAGAUCUUAAAGAUCUUGGCUCUUUCAACUUAUGUAAUACAACCAGAUGAAAAGUUGUCUAUUGUAAAGCCCGAAAAUCCAAAAAAAAUGAGCUCCACAAAAUGUGAUUUCAAAUUUUUGUUGGAACCUUGUCCAAUAUAAAAGUGGGACUUUUGAAGACGUACGUGAACGCUUACGUUAAGAUAUAUCAGUCUGUCGGAAAAAUAACGGCGGACUGUCGCAGCGAAAUGUCUCGCCUCGUCGAAGAAAGGGUGAAGUCGCACACAAAAUUUCCAGCUGCGGCUUGCCGUCACAAGGCGAUGAUGGGCGAUUCCGAGGCGCCACGAGCCGCCGUUAUUUUCCCGACAGACUGAUACUUUUUUAUGGUCGAAUUUUGGAAAGUCACAUGAGGUGAGAAAGACGUGCACAAAGUUUUUACAAAAAAAGGAAUAAAGACUUUGCCCCUGUCUUUUAUCUCCGAUCCUCCUCAUUUCAAGCACUCUCUCGAAUGACGCUCGUAGAAUAAUACAUAUAAUAGAUAUUUUCUCGGCAGCACCUACAAAAGCCUAGCUAAUCUUUUGGGACUGAACAGGGAUGCAAUUAUGAAGAUCACUGUGUCGAUACGACGAUAAGGUUGCCUUAGCGGGCAAAAGAUGCCCAAAAACAGUCGGUAUUUUCAAUAAUGUAGAUGCUUAAUUUGAAGAAAGUUGAAGUGCUGCAUUUGGAGUCAUGCCCAUAACUUCCCUCUAAAUGAUUGAUUCUUAACCACAAAAAAUGGUUUUCCCUCGUAUUUUAGCGCUUGUCCAAGAUGCAGCCUUUUCAUCUCGCAUUAGCCUGCCUCCUGGGAUCCUCGAUUUGCCAACCAUCCCUUGCGCAGUACAACAACCGCCGGAACAACGGCUAUGGCCAACAAGCAGCUCCCGACCCAACAAUGUUCUCGCAAUGGCCCAAACAAAUCACUCAAACAUGGCCAACGCCGGUUCAAAAUGAAUUGAAGCCAAUCCGAGGGCCCGACAUUUUGGUUGGUUCUCAGAUCCUGGACCAAAUUGACCGCUUUUCGUCGCUGGAUCAGCUGGCCAUGACGCUGCAAACGGCGUCGCCGCCGCUGGCAAAUUUUUUGUCUCAAGAAAUAAUUGGGGUCAAGAACGCAAUGAAUCAACUGAAAAUGAAGGCCACUCUGAAUACGCAAAUUUUCGUUAAUGAGGUGAGGAUUACUGUAUUUUAAGGAUUACUGUAUUCAGCUGCAAAAGAUUGGGCAAGAAUUCUUGACUAAUUCAAGUGCGGAGUUCAAAAAUCUGGACCCGGCAACGCAAGCCGAGCUCAAAAAUGCCUAUCCGACGUUGUCCAAGUAUCUGGGAAGUAAGCGAUAUUGUAGUAGGAGAUCAAAAUUUAGGUUGAUUAAAAAUAAGUUUAAAAGACAAAACCGAGCGCUGAAAUGGCCAAAAAAGAAGCCAACGUGUAUUUUCAGGCCCAAUAUCGCAGAAUCUUCUCUUCGGUGAGAGCGUACCGCCAAUCGGCGCCCCCUCCAUUCUCCCAACUCAAUAUGCCUCUAAACAAAAUUUAGACCUCCAGCAGAAGAUGCUAAAGCAACAGCAACAACAGAACGGAUAUCAAAAUCCAUAUGGAAGUAACAUGGGGUACAAUAAUGGGAUGAACUAUGGGAACAACAGAAGAUACGGAUGA